AUGCGCUCAUCAUGGCGUGGUCGGAGAAUAGAGCCACAGGACGUGAACGAGCUGCGAUGUUCUGCAGGUGGAUAUGACCCAUUGACAACCAUGCAGACCUUUCGCUACCGCCCAGAGCUCUUGGAGGGGGUGACCGAGGAUCUCACUGGGGAAUUGAAGCAGUACGAGGACUGGUUCAUGGUCGAUGGCGCCAAAUUGAAGCUGAUCACCGACCACUUUGUGGAGGAAUUAGAAAAAGGGCUCUCCCUCGAAGGUGGAUGUAUUCCUAUGGAUAUCACAUGGGUUAUGAAAUUCCCAACCGGGCGCGAGAAAGGGCGCAUUCUCACCGUUGAUAUGGGAGGAACCAACCUGCGCGUCUGUGACGUGUGUCUUUCCACAGAACGAAGGGAGUUUGAACAGAUUCAACGCAAGUAUAAGCUCCCGGACUCGAUCAAGACAGACACCAAAGAAGAGCUUUGGGGGUUCAUCGCGGAUCGACUGGCGUCGUUCCUCAAAGACCACCACAACGGAGAAACACCGGAGAAACCAAUACCGAUGUCGUUUACCUUCUCGUUCCCCGUCGACCAGAGGUCUGUCCGGAGUGGGAUUUUGCAGCGCUGGACAAAAAACUUCAACGUGCCCGGGGUGGAAGGGAAUGACGUCGUCCCCCAGCUUGAGGCUGCACUGGAAAGAAAGAAUGUUCCUGUAAAAGUAGUAGCUUUGCUCAACGACACAGUAGGGACACUUGUUGCCUCCCACUACCGAGACCCCCAAGUGAAGAUAGGCAGCAUCUUCAGCACCGGAUGCAAUGCCGCAUACAUGGAGGACUGCAGCAACAUCCCUAAACUCCGAGAUGCAGGGCUGCCCGAAGAUGCCACCGUGAUCAUCAACACCGAGUACGGGGCGUUCGAUAACGAGCGCAAGGUGCUACCCCUGACGCCGUUCGACCAUCAAAUCGACAGACAGUCCUCCCGACCCGGAACUCAAAUCUACGAGAAGAUGGUGGCAGGGUUAUACAUAGGCGAGAUGCUGCGACUGAUCAUGUUGACCCUGCAUGAAAAAGGCGUACUUUUCAAAGGCCAAGAUGUGACACGUCUCCGAGUGGAGAAUGCACUGGAGGCCUCGUUCCUGUCCAUUGCUGAGCUGGAUAUAUCUGAAGGCCUCUCGGAUAUGAAAGAUGAGUUUCAGGAGAAACUCGGGUUGGAGACGACGCUGGACGAACUAAAAGCCUGCCGCUAUCUUAUCGGGCUGAUCGCGACGCGUGCGGCGCGUCUCUAUGCGUGUGGGAUCGCGGCCAUUUGCAAGAAGAAGAAUAUGCGCCAGUGCCAUGUCGGUGUUGACGGGGCAGUCUUCAGUAAAUAUAGCAUGUUUAAAGGUCGGACAGCUCAGGGGCUUCGGGAGAUUUUCGAUUGGCAGCCUGGUGAGGUGGACUUGAUUGCUCUCAACGCGGCUGAAGAUGGAUCAGGCGUAGGGGCAGCUUUGGUUGCGAGUUUGAGUAUUAAUGCAGAGGAAUUGGGACCUUGUUAG